AGUCCAUGCGCCAUGGGGGGAUGGUCCAUGUUAGGGUUGAACCAACGACGGGCAUGUUUAAGCCCUGCAAGCUGAGACUAUACGGCGGGAACGGUAGUUUCACGGAAGUUUUUUAUUUGGCAUCAAGAAAUAAGUUUGUUGGAUAAGUUUGCCAGUGCCAACAAACUCUGAAGUGAUUGAAAUUCAAUCAAAAACCUUCUUCAAAGUGUCCAUAACAAAUCAGCGCCUUAGGGUACACAUUAUUUAUCUACUUUGCGAUAGCACAUCAUAUGAAAUUGUUUUGCUGCAGAUUCCAGUGGAUUGACGCAAAAAACCUACGAGAACGAACAUCGGUCAAAACAGUUAUGCUAAUGAACGUGAACUGUACCUGCAAUGAACGGAAUUCCCUCAUACCGUAAAGUAAACAUAGGAAUUGAGAAUACUAUCACGCAUCUGCAAGAAUGAGAAGGGAUUGUGCCCCUGAUGGUUGCCUUAACCCUUAACGUCUGGGAUAUCGAAGAAGAGACCCAGAAUGUUGAAAGACCCACACACAACAACCCGCUGCGAGUUAACAGAGCUAAGCGACUGUUGCAAAAAAAACCUGCAAAGAAGAUCUCUCGCACAUGAGAAAGAGUGGAUACGAAAACGAAUUGCAAACAGUCGCAACGCAAACACAUCGUCCAACGAUCGCUGCUGCCCCACCGUCCACUGUGGAAUGAAGGAAACCCAUUAAAAGCCUCCACCACAUGACACGUCGGUGGUGGAAAUGAGUCAAAGAGCAACACAUCUUAACGAUGGCGAUGCGGCCCGAAAGAACCACAUGUAACGUUGACCAGACGCUCAUGCUCCCGAAGACGGCCCCCGAAGCGAUGGCUUUGAACAUUGGCUCAGUAUCACUGGCAAACACCGCUAUCCGGCAGCGUCUUGGCAAUGUAUCGUUGUGUUAAAAUGUAUAAAAUUUCUUGCAGAUUCCCCGAGCACAACAUUUAUACCAAGCUCGCGGCCGGAAGAAGAUCGCACGUUCGACAGACCCGUUGUUGUAUGUUAUAGCCAGUGUGUCCAAAAGGGAGGGAUCUUACCGUGAACCUGACCAAUCGUAUACGCUGUUUGCCUUCAGUCUUCUUUUGCCCAUACGUGUGAGCGCUCUUCGCGACAAGUGAAUAAGAUUAGUUAACUUUACAAAUUUGAAAUAACAAUUAAAGGUGCUUAAAGAUGAAUGUGUACUGUUUAACGUUUGCGCUAUGUCUGCUGUUUGCUGUGGUUUCUUCAGAGGCAGAAACUGGUUUUUACGUGCCCAAAGCAUACUACACAAUUGACGAACAUGGCUAUAAAUCCCCGCUCAUCUACAUUGACAAUAUUCCGCAAAUUUUCCAACGCACUAGACGAUCUGCCCAACUUCCUCCAGUUCCCAACUUUGGUUUCCCAGUAAAUUUUCCGGCAUUCCAGUUUCCUAACCCCGCACAGGGUGGCAACUUCCAGUCAGUAUCCAUCACCAGCGGAGGACCAAGUGGCUUGAACAACCGCUUCGAUGAACACGGACAAUCUGCUCCAGCAACAACGAUUAACACAUUCUCCUCUCAAAAUGGCCACGUUACUCAGAUGACCCAUCAUAUCGACAAGGACGGCAAAGUGACAACUCAUACCAGCAACAAAAAGAACUAAAAACAGGUUAAUUAUCGCAAAUGUGUUCUACAGCCAACCUUCAGCAAAUGUACAGAAUUCAACAUUCUGUCGAUAAAAAAAAACAGUUCGUACCCAUGGAAGCAAUUCAAUUUCGCCACUCACCAUCUUUCUAUUUGAAAACGGUACAAGUUUGGCUAGCGUAUAUAAUUGUGUUUGUGUGUGUCUUUUGUACUAGUGCCUAUUGCCGUAAUAUUCGGCUGGAGUAUGAUGUAUAGUAUUUAAAACUGAAAUAAAAAUAAUAAAAACGAAGUCAUUUAAUGAUUUAGCAAUGAUAA